AUGGACGGCGGUGGAGAUCCGGAGAGGCAGCAAGCCCUCGAACAAUACAAAAACAAACUGCUAGAAUCAAGAGAAUGGGAGUCCAAAUUAAAAGCACUAAGGAUGGACAUCAAGGGUCUACAAGCAGAAUUCGAAACCACAGAAGACAACAUCAAAGCAUUACAGAGUGUCGGCCAAAUUAUUGGAGAAGUGCUGAAACAACUUGAUGAAGAAAGAUUCAUCGUCAAAGCCUCCUCAGGCCCUAGAUACGUCGUCGGCUGUCGGUCGAAGGUCGACAAGGCCAAACUCAAGCAAGGCACUCGAGUUGCACUCGACAUGACCACUCUCACAAUCAUGCGUAUGCUACCACGAGAAGUCGACCCCCUGGUCUACAACAUGUCGUUGGAAGAUCCCGGUCAGGUUUCAUUCGCAGGAAUUGGUGGCUUGAAUGAUCAGAUCAGAGAACUGCGAGAAGUCAUCGAACUUCCACUUAAGAACCCGGAGCUUUUCCUGCGGGUCGGCAUCAAACCUCCCAAGGGUGUCUUACUAUAUGGACCUCCAGGUACCGGAAAGACCCUACUGGCCAGAGCUGUGGCAAGUAGUCUUGACACGAAUUUCCUCAAAGUCGUCUCCUCCGCUAUCGUCGAUAAAUACAUUGGUGAAUCUGCUCGCCUUAUUAGGGAGAUGUUUGGGUAUGCCAAAGAACACGAACCCUGUAUCAUCUUCAUGGACGAAAUCGAUGCAAUUGGAGGCCGAAGAUUUAGUGAAGGAACAUCCGCUGAUCGGGAAAUUCAAAGAACAUUGAUGGAGUUGCUCAAUCAGCUGGACGGUUUCGACUAUCUGGGCAAAACCAAGAUCAUCAUGGCAACCAACCGACCCGACACACUCGACCCUGCCUUGCUUCGUGCUGGUCGACUCGAUCGAAAAAUCGAGAUUCCACUCCCUAAUGAAGUCGGAAGACUGGAAGUUCUCAAGAUUCAUGCAGCGGGAGUGGUGACCGAGGGAGAGAUCGAUUUUGAAAGUGUGGUCAAGAUGAGCGAUGGUCUCAACGGUGCUGAUCUGCGAAAUGUCGUUACUGAAGCUGGGUUGUUCGCUAUCAAAGAUUACCGCGACGCUGUGAACCAAGACGACUUCAACAAGGCUGUCCGGAAGGUCGCAGAGUCCAAGAAGCUGGAGGGCAAAUUGGAGUACCAGAAAUUGUAA